AUGGCAUCGACAUUUGCUAUAGCAACAACUGCGUUAAUACCUCUCGUCUCCGUUGUCUCAUUCUCACUCUACAUCACAACCCACCCGGCGUCGCCAGUCUACGCCCUACUCCACAGCCGUGGAGUCAAACUUCCAACUGCCAGAGAUGAAGCCCUCGAUGGUGGUGUCGGCGCGUUCCCCGCCAAGCGGGACGCGUUUGAUAUCGACGACCCCGUCGUCAUGAGCGACGGUGUGCCGGUCGCCGAGGCUCAGUUCUGGCGCUGGACACAGGGCCUCAAGAUUGCCCUCCUUGCGGCUCUCAUCCCGCCGUUCGUCGCCAACGUUCUCCUCCUGGUCUUCACCAUCAUCGCCUCGGAAGGCUUUGAGGAGCACGAGCGCCUUCGCGCGUUCCUGCUUCCUAUCCUUCUCGUCCCGGCACAUGUCGUAAACCUCAUCCUCACGAUCUCGUACCUUCGCCAGAGGGAGACCCGCACACACUGGCCGACUACGAUCUACCUGGCUGUCAACCUCGCCUCCCAGUUCCUGAUCCUCGGCAUUCUCGCUCUCCUCCCCUCGACGCCCAUGCCAUCGAGCCCCAUCAGUGAGACGAGGUUCUUCACCAUCAUGGAGAUUGUCAGCCUCCCGCCCCUCAAGAUCAUCCCGAUCUUGACGUCGUUGCUGCCUCUGCUCCAGCUUGUGCCCCUCCUCAUCAUCCUCGUUGUCCGCCGCGGCCCGGCGCUCUACAUCCCGUUCCAGGAUCUCUACCCCUCCAAGGUGGUCGAUGCCAUCCCGGCCGGAAGCCGAUCGCUCAACCCCAACUUCGCCAACGUAGUUGGCGAGGUGCAGUGCACCAUUCCCCAGUGGAUGAUGUUCACCUACGCUGGUGAGGUCAUUGAGCGCUCCAAGGUUCAGGAAUCGAUGGACGUUUGGGACCUCCCUGCCUGGGGAGCCACCAUGCGUGCGCUGCCGAACUACCUGGAUAUCAAGAACGUUUACGGCCGUCGCCGAACCCGUCUCCGCAAGUGGGAGGGCUUCAACCUGCUCUGGAAACUGCUCGUCGUCAACAAGGGGCUCUUCAUUGCCCAGUCGACCCUCGCCGCGGUCACCGCCGUCGGCUACUACGGACCUCAUCUCCUCCUCAAGUGGUUCCUGGACUACCUUGCCAACGACCCGGGACGUGAGCAGCCCGCCUGGGGUUGGAUCCUCGCCCUCGGCCUCUUCGUGUCCAACGCUAUGGUCUACCUUGUUACCGGCAUCACCUGGUCGAUCAGCUCGACCUGGCUUACUGGACGCUUCAAGCUUCAGCUGAACGGCAUGUUGUUCGCCAAGACUCUUCGCAAGAAGGACAUUGCUGCUGGAGCUGAGGACACCGGUGCCGUUGGCGAUGUCAAGGAGGAGGCUGCCAAGGCCAAGAAGAAGAAGGAGGACAAGGAGGACGAGGAGGAGGAUGAGGAGGCCGUACAGUCAAAGUCACAGAUCAUGACCUUGUUCACGGUCGAUGUUGACCGUGUGGCCGAGUUCAUCUUCCACCUCUUCACCAUUGUGGACGCACCUCUGGAGAUUGUUGUUGCCACCGUCUUCCUCGUCAAGCUCCUUGGCACGUCGGCACUCUUUGGUCUCCUCACCACCAUCUGCUGCAUGCCGCUCAACCACCUGGCCUCCAAGUUUGUCGUUACUGCUCAGGAGAACCUCAUGAAGACCCGUGACCAACGCACGGCGCUCAUGAACGAGGUCCUCCAGGGCAUCCGCAUGCUCAAGUUUAUGGCCUGGGAGCGAUCCUUCGAGAGGCGUAUCAACGGUAUCCGCAAGAACGAGCUUUCAUGGCAGGCGAGAAACUACCAGAUCGAGGUCUUCUUCAACCUCCUCUGGGCCAUCACCCCAGUCCUCGUGACGGUCGUGUCCUUCCUCCACUUCACCCUCAUCCGCGGCGAGACCCUCACGCCUUCCGUCGCGUUCACCUCGAUUGCGGUCUUCAACGAGCUCCGUUUCGCCCUCAACGCCCUUCCCGAAACCUUCAUCGCUGCCCUCCAGGGCUUCGUGUCGUGCCGCCGUAUCGAGAAGUACUUGUCGCUCGCCGAGGUUUCCAACGUCGAGCCUUUCGACGGCGGUGACAUUGUGCUCGUCAACGCGACCCUUACGUGGCCCAAGGACGACUCGUCGUCCGGCUCGGGCAAGAAGUCCACCGCCCCGACGCCUCGCCCCGACUUUUCGCUCGCCGACCUCUCGCUCCGCUUCCCCGAAGGCAAGCUGUCGCUCAUCUGCGGUCGUCUUGGCUCGGGCAAGUCGCUCCUCCUCUCUGGCCUUCUCGGCGAGGCCGACCUUGUCGCUGGCCAGAUGGUUGUCCCUCGUUCCGAGCCUGACGCCAUGUCAUUGUUUGACAACAAGGUCCAGGACGACGAGUGGAUUGUGCCCUCGCUUGUGGCCUAUGUUCCCCAGCAGGCUUGGCUUCAGAACGCGAGCAUCAAGGACAACAUCAUCUUCUCAAGCCCUUGGAACGCCGCCCGCUACGAUGCCGUCAUCGCCGCAUGCUCUCUGACCACCGACCUCGAGAUCCUCGAGGAUGGCGAUGAGACUGAGAUUGGUGAGAAGGGCCUCAACCUCUCUGGUGGCCAGAAGGCUCGUGUUUCGCUCGCCCGUGCCGUCUAUUCGCGCGCCAGCGUUCUCUACCUCGACGACGUCCUGUCGGCUGUCGACGCCCACACCGCCCACGCAAUCAUGGCCGAGUGCAUCCAGGGUCCUCUGCUCGAGAACCGCACUGUUCUGCUUGUGUCUCACCACACUGCCCUCGUUUCCCCUGCUGCUGCCUACAUUGUCGCUCUCGAGAACGGCGACGUCAAGUUUGCUGGCACCAGGGCCGAGUUUGUCGAAGGCGGUCUGAUGGCGGAGCUCGAUGCUGAGGACCCCGAGUCCAAGCCCACCGAGGGCGAGAAGCUCGAGGAGAAGACGAUCGAAGAGACCAUUGGCGCCAAGCUCGUCCACAAGUCGGUCGUCAGCCUCAGCGGCGCGGCCGUUGGAUCUGAGCCUGGCUCUGAGACGAGCUCCAUUGCCCCGACGGACGAGAACAACACCCUGGUCGGAUCCACCCCCGAGGUUGCCAAGCCCAAGGCUCCUCGCAAGCUCAUCGAGGACGAGAAGCGCGUGCGUGGCCGCAUUGCCUGGCCCGUCUGGAAGCUCUACUUCACCUCGCUUGGCGGUCCCGUCUGGUGGUUCUUCUUCAUCCUUUCCGUCUUGAUCGCUGCCUUUACCCCCGUCUUUGAGCGCGGCUGGGUCACCUUCUGGACCGACCCCGACCCGAACCGCCCUUACCACAGCUCGACCUACUACGUUGUUGGCUACUCGAUCAUCUCGGUCGCUGGUGUUAUCCUCAGUGACGUCCAGUUCGCAGUCACCUACAUUGGCUCGCUCCGUGCGUCGCGCAUCCUUCAGCAGAAAAUGCUCGAGUCUGUCCUCUUCGCCACGCUGCGCUUCCACGACACCACGAGCCGUGGCCGUCUGCUCAACCGCUUUGGUAAGGACAUUGAGGGCCUUGACUCGUCCAUGGCCGACAACUUUGUGCGCUCGAUUGCCUAUGCCCUCAACGUCGUUGUCACUGUCAGCUCGAUCACCUACAUUGGCGGCUGGCCGUUCGUCGCGGCUGGCCUGCUCAUGCUCGGCGUCUACUACCAUGCCGGAUCCAUGUACGGCCAGGCCUCUCGUGACAUGCGUCGUCUCGACUCAGUCACUCGUUCGCCCCUCUACUCGCUGUUCGGCGAGACUGUGUCGGGUGUCGCUGUUAUCCGUGCUUUCGGUGCCAGCACUGUUGCCCUCAAGCAGAUGAUGAAGCUCGAGGACACCAACAUGCUCGCAUUUGCGUGGACCUGGACCAUCAACCGCUGGCUCUCGGCCAGGUUCAACAUGCUCUCGUCGCUGCUUGUCGGUGUCACGGCCUGCGCCAUGCUCGUUUCGGGCGUCAACGCUGCUUUCGCUGGUUUCGCCCUCGCCUUCGCCACGACCAUUAUGCACGACCUGCUGUUCGUGGUUCGCCGCUUCGUCCAGCUUGAGCAGAGCAUGGUUGCUCUUGAGCGCAUCAAGGAGUACUCCGAGGUUCCUCAGGAGGCGCCCGAGUACGUCGACCCUCGCCCUCCUGCUUCGUGGCCCGCCGAGGGUGGUAUCUCGGUCGACAAGCUCGUCAUCCGCUAUGCCCCCGACCUCCCCGAUGUUCUCCACAGCAUCAGCUUUGACGUCAAGCCCCGCGAGAAGGUCGGCAUUGUCGGCUCGACUGGCUGCGGGAAGUCUACGCUGGCGCUCUCAUUCUUCCGCUUCGUCGAGGCUACCUCGGGCAAGAUUGUUAUCGACGGCAUCGACAUUGCCAAGAUUGGCCUGACCGACCUCCGCUCCAACAUCAUGAUCAUUCCCCAGGACCCCACGAUUCUCUCUGGCACUCUGCGUUCGACUCUCGACGUGUUUGACGAGUACGACGAUGCCGACAUUUACGAGGCGCUUCGUCGUGUUCACCUGCUCAAGGCCGACGAGCCUGUUGGCCCUGCCGCUGUCGCCGAGUUGUCGAGCGGGGACUCUGACGCCGAGGAGAGCCGCAACGUCAAUGUCUUCCGCGACCUGUCGUACCCCGUCUCGGAGGGCGGCGAGAACUUUUCGACUGGCGAGAAGCAGCUGGUUUGCAUGGCUCGUGCCAUCCUGCGCCACAACAAGGUGCUGUUCAUGGACGAGGCGACUGCAUCGAUCGACUACGAGACGGACGAGCUCAUCUCCAAGACGAUCCGUGCCGAGUUUGCCGACAGCACGAUCCUCACGAUUGCACACCGUAUCCACACCAUCAUCGACUUUGACAAGGUGUUGGUGAUGCACCGUGGCUCGAUCGCCGAGUAUGCCUCGCCGGCCGAACUGCUGCGUGACCACAAGUCACGUUUCUACAGCCUGUGCAAGGCGACUGGCAAGACCGAGUUCAAGAACCUGAAGGAGUUGGCCCUCGAGGCUGAGCGAAGGAGGCUUGGCCAGCAGCAGUAG